AGUUGAAUUCAUUUGAAUGAAUAAUUCAUAAAUAAAGGAAGAUACUACUUAUUUAUGAAAAUGUCUAUUAAUUCAUAUGGUAAACGUAAUUGGAAUAAUGAAGAUUAUUUAUUAACAAAUUAUACACAACAUUAUAAUGAUAAACAAAAAAAUCUAUCCUAUUGUUUAACAGAUCAUUUCAAUCAAUGUUCAACAAUACAUGAUACUAUUACUACUACUACUACUACUACUAAUAAUAAUAGUAGUAGUAACAAUGAUAAUACUAUUGAACAUAUACCACUCUCAUCUUCGAUAUCAUCAACAUCAUUAUCUCAAUAUCAACCUCCAAUAAAACGUGUUGCUAAUGAACGUGAACGUACACGUACAGCUAGUGUAAAUGAUGCAUUUCUUAUGUUACGUAAUUUAAUACCUACAGAACCAAUUAAUAGAAAAUUAUCAAAAAUUGAAACAUUACGUUUAGCUUCAUCAUAUAUAUCACAUUUACAUGCUAUACUUAUAACUGGUUCAGGACCAGCAGAUCAACCAUGUUUAAAACAUCAACAAAUUUAUCAUUAUAAUAAUAUAACUAAUUUAGAAACUACUUAUAAUGAUAUUAGUAAUAAUGAUAAUCAUGAAAAUCUUAAAGAUAAAAUCAAUAAAAAUCAAAUCAUUUUUAAUCAGAAUAAACGAUAUAAUCGAUCAGUAUGUACAUUUUGUGUGACUGAAAUGAAACAACAUCAACGUACUAUUAAUAAAGAGACAAUUUUAUCAAAUGGACAAUGAAUUCUAUUGAUUAUUUGUUUAUUUAUUUGUUUGUUGUUGUUGUGUUGUUUUUUUAAAUGAUGUACAGUUAUUUUGUUUGUUUGUUUUUUUUAUUGUUGCUUUUUUUCCUUUUUUUCUUUUUCUCUUCAAAAUUUGAAUCGACAUUUAUUGUUUCUUUUUUUGUUGUUUUUGUUGUUGUGAUGUUUAAAUGACCAAAUAAAUAAACAUGGAAGAUAAUGACGAUUAUUGAAUGUUGAAGGAAUGGAAUGAUAUUUCACCAAUGAAUAAAUGAAUGAAUGAGUGAUCUUAUUGUGAAAUGUGAUCAUGGAUCUAAUGAAUAAUAUAUGUGAAGGUAAUAGAAUUCUAAUGGAAUAUAGUUAUUAGUAGUAUUGUUAUUAAGAUCUAUUAUGAUUAUUUAGUUGAUAUUGUAAUUUGUAUUGUAAUGCAAAUAAACAUAAGUCUUUU